AUGGGGACGGGGGGGACGGGAGACGGGGGGACGGGAGACGGGAGACGGGAGACGGGGGGGGAUGGGGGACGGGGGGGGGGGACGGGGGGAUGGGGGACGGUUGACGGAGACGGGGACGGGGGACGGGGGACGGGGGGGGAUGGGGGACGGUUGACGGGAGACGGGGACGGGAGACGGGGACAGGAGACGGGGACGGGGGGCGGGAGACGGGGCACGGGGACGGGAGACGGGGACGGGGACGGGAGACGGGGGACGGGAGACGGAGGACGGGAGAUGGGGGACGGGGGACGGGAGACGGGGCACGGGGGACGGGAGACGGGGGGACGGGAGACGGGGGACGGGAGACGGGGGGAUGGGGGACGGGGGGGAGACGGGAGACGGGGGAUGGGGGACGGGGAGACAGGGGACGGGAGAGGGGGGGGAUGGGGGACGGGGGGACGGGGGGGAGACGGGAGACGAGGGACGGGGGACGGGAGACGGGGCACGGGGACGGAGACGGGGGACGGGGGGACGGGAGACGGGCGAUGGGAGACGGCGAUGGGGGACGGGAGACGGGGGACGGGGGACGGGAGACGGGGGGAUGGGGGACGGGAGACGGGGGACGGGAGACGGGGGACGGGAGACGGGGGACGGGGACGGGAGACGGGGACGGGAGACGGGGGGAUGGGGGGAGACGUGAGACGGGGGCGUGAGACGGGAGACGGGGGACGGGAGACGGGGGGACGGGGACGGGAGAGGGGGACGGGGAGGAGACGUGAGACGGGGGACGUGAGACGGGGGACGGGAGACGGGGGACGGGAGACGGGGGACGGGGGACGGGGAGGGGCUGUGGAACCCUCCUGA